AUGACGUCGAUUAUCCGCAGGUCGAAAGGUAUUCCAGGGGAGGUGUUGUCUCCCGCUGCGUUCAUGAAGCAGAAGCUGUUCUCAAUUUGGAUGUCCCACGACGUGACGCCUGACGCCUUGUGGACAGACCUCAAGCUCCAUGAAGAUCUUCAGCAUAGCGAUGUGAAGAAUAGAACUCCACGCUUUGCAUUGUGGAAAGCUUACGUGGAUCACCUAAGGGCCGAAGGGAUUCUCAAUUGA